CAAUCCUCUGCCCUGCAUCCGCCGCCGGUUCCCCCUCAUCCUCCACCACCUUGGCCUCCUGAGCUGCGCUUGACCUUCUCGUCCUGGUUAAGUUUCCGCCAUCCGUCGCCCCGCCCCCGCUACAUCAUCGCACGACCCUACUACUUGUACCUACCACCGUGCCGCCUAACCUACUUUUGUUAUGCUCCAGCUAUAUUAAAUCAAAAAGUCUUUCUCUUGCGCUACCUGUCGCUUGCUUCCUUCACAUUCGCUUCUCAGAAGGCAGCUCUGUCACCUUCUCUUUUCUCUAGAAACAAGACGUACACUGCAGCGCAUAUUCACCAUCGUCUGCCGCCAUCAUGGAGGUCCCACAAGCAACAUCUCUGCGCGACAUUUAUCCAGAAGAUGCACUGCCUGUUCAGCAGAAGCGAUGGGAGAACCUCCUUUCCCAGUUUAAAGACACCUACGGUAGGCAGGCAGACUUCGUUUCUAGGAGUCCUGGUAGAGUCAACAUCAUUGGCGAGCACAUCGAUUACUCCCUCUACGAAGUACUCCCCAUGGCCAUAACUGCUGACUUCAUCAUGGCCGUAUCCGUGAGACCGAGCAAUGAAAAGCCUCGAAUACGUAUCGCGAACGUCCAGUCCGCAAAAUUUCCUGCCCGAGAGUUUGAUAUCCCCGCAGAAGGCGAUAUACCAAUCGAUGCGACCGAGCAUGAAUGGACCAACUAUUUCAAGUCGGGUCUGCGUGGCGUCUCUCAACUUCUAGAGAAGAAGCGUGGCAAUGGACAUUUCGUUUCCGUUGGCAUGGAUAUUCUAUGCGACGGUACUGUCCCCAGCGGAGGAGGUCUUUCGAGUUCUGCAUCUGUUGUUUGCACAAGUGCUCUCGCAGUCCUAGCGGCCAAUGGCGAAGAUAGAGUGGACAAGAAGGAACUCUGCGAGCUUGCUAUUGUAUCAGAACGAUCUGUGGGGGUUAAUUCCGGAGGCAUGGACCAAGCCGCUUCAGUCUUCUCCCUACGCGGCUCCGCCCUUUAUGUCACUUUCAAGCCCAAGCUUGACUACACAACCAUCGAAUUCCCCACCACCGACCCCGAACUUACCUUCGUUACCGCACAAAGCUUUGUUGCGGCAGACAAACAUGUCACUGGACCUAUUUGUUAUAAUUUACGCGUGGUCGAGUGCACACUGGCAGCCGUCUUUUUGGCAAAGGCAUUUGGCUUGAAGCGUGAGCUUCCCGAAGACUCCUCUCCACUAGGUGUUAGCCUUCGUGGCUUCCACGACACUUACUACGAAGAGAAACAUGGCGUUGCAGACAAUACAAAGACUUCUGUGUCAGACUUCGAAGCGCAACUACGCGAAUUGGUCAGACUCACCGAGGACUACCUACCACAAGAGGAGGGGUAUACCAGGGGCGAGAUUUCCUCUUUAUUGGAUAUUUCGGAGGACGAGCUAAACUCCCGCUUCACCUCAAAGUUCCCCGUCCGUGCAGAACGUUUCUUGCUUCGCCAACGAGCGCUUCACGUUUUCAAUGAAGCACUUCGCGUCCUCAAAUUCCGCCAACUCCUUUCAUCGCCUCCAGAGGAUGGCAAGGAGCUCAUCAAGUCUCUAGGUGACUUGAUGAAUGAAACGCAGACCUCUUGCCGCGACGUUUACGAUUGCAGCUGUCCCGAGCUCGACGAACUGUGUGAUCUUGCACGCAGUGCAGGUGCAGCCGGUAGCAGAUUGACUGGCGCAGGAUGGGGAGGCUGCAGUGUACAUCUCGUGCCAAAGGACAAAGUGGAUGCAGUGAAGAAGGUUUGGGAAGAGAAAUACUACAGGCGGAAAUUCCCCGACAUCACUGAGCAAAAGCUACAGGAUGCUGUUGUUGUCAGCAAGCCUGGAAGCGGAAGUACACUUUUCAAGGUACUAGGUGACAGUGUACUAUGAACAUUCCGGAACUGACCGAUAUGAAAUAACUUACAAAAGUGUCGACUCAUACCCAUAGCUUACUUUCAGAACCAUCUUCCAAUAUUAUUUCC